GUUCCCAGCGGGUGGGGCUGGCGAGUCUGAUCCCUACCUGACGGCCUUUUUGGCGGCCUGGCCAGGCUGUGCAGGGUGGUAGGGCAAGACACGCGGUUCCCAGUUCUCCCCGGCGCCUGCACCGGCCCCGGGCUUCUCGCGCUCCGCUCCGGGCUGCACCGAGUUGGGCCGGCGCGCCGCGUUGGUGUUGCCGCGCGGCGGCAGCUCAGAAUCUCCGGGUUGGGGCGGCCCUGGGCCACAAGGCUCCUCCACCCAGGUGACGCUGAGCAGGCUCAGAGUGAAGCCCAGGGAGAUGCCCACGGCCACGGGCCCUGCGGGCCGCAGCACCGACAACAGCAGCGAUGCCCGCAUGGCGCCCGGACCGCGGGCCCCCGGCCCUGGAGCAGCCCCAGAGCAGCAAGAGGAGGCUUCGAGGGGGCGGGACCGGGGAGGGGGCGGAUCCGGAGGGCCCGAGCCAAGCGGGCGGGCCCCCUCCCUCCCCGCCGAGCAGAGCCCGCGGCCCGAGCCGAAUCUCCUGCGCCUCGUUCCGAUCGCCCUCCAGCCGCCGCUCGGUACCGCGCGGGUCCCGGCGCUGGGCGCGGGAGCCUCAGCCGAGGCCGCCGCUGUCCGACGUGUCACUGGGAGGGCCCCGCCCCCGGGGUGGGGUCUCGGGCUCCGGCUACCGGAGAGGGAGGAGAAGGGGGAGGUUAAAGGGGAAGGACCCCCGGAAGUGCCCCCUCCUCAGUGCGGGAGAGGCAGACGUCGGGGGCGGAGUCCCCUACCUCCCCCCGGCGUGGUUGGUGCGUCCUGUGUGACGUCAGAAGCAGCCCGCCCCUGCCUGGAUGGUGCGCCCUGAGUGACGUAAGGAGCAGAGGCCGGAGCUGUCCAUCAGCACCAAAGGCCGCGGGCGGGCACAGGGCAUGGGGCCGCGGCUCUGGGGCAGCCCGAGCCCCUGCUCCUGCUCCUUUCCCUUCCCCAGGCCCAGCCUAAGUGCCCGGACGUCGCGGGACUGGAGUGCCAGCCGGUGUCGGAGGCGGAGCGGCGUCGCCGCCGCGCAGGGACCGGUCCGUCCGGCUCAGCAGCCCCCUUCUCCUCACCGCGGACUUUUACCGGACACCAGUCAGCUGGAGCCUCUGGCGCCCGGCAACCCCGGCCGGAGAGCCUCCUUCGCUCAGAAGCUCAGGUCGCCUCCAGCCCAGGCUGACGUGGGAGGGUGACUCCCUACUGUUCCCAGCACUAUGCCGGGCACUGUGGCGACACUUCGGUUCCAGCUGCUGCCCCCCGAGCCAGAUGAUGCCUUCUGGGGUGCACCCUGCGAACAGCCCCUGGAGCGCAGGUACCAGGCACUGCCAGCCCUCGUCUGCAUCAUGUGCUGUCUGUUUGGAGUCAUCUACUGCUUCUUCGGUUACCGCUGCUUCAAGGCAGUACUCUUCCUCACUGGGUUGCUGUUUGGCUCGGUGGUCAUCUUCCUGCUGUGCUACCGAGAGCGGGUGCUGGAGACGCAGCUGAGUGCCGGGGCGAGUGCAGGCAUCGCGCUGGGCAUCGGGCUGCUCUGCGGGCUGGUGGCCAUGCUGGUGCGCAGCGUGGGCCUCUUCCUGGUAGGGCUGCUGCUCGGCCUACUGCUCGCCGCUGCCGCCCUACUGGGCUCCGCGCCCUACUACCAGCCAGGCUCUGUUUGGGGCCCCCUGGGGCUGCUGCUGGGGGGCGGCCUGCUCUGCGCCCUGCUCACGCUGCGCUGGCCCCGCCCGCUCACCACCCUGGCCACUGCCGUGACGGGUGCUGCGCUCAUCGCCACGGCUGCCGACUACUUUGCCGAGCUGCUGCUGCUGGGGCGCUACGCGGUGGAGCGUCUGCGGGCCGCCCCCGUGCCCCCUCUCUGCUGGCGGAGCUGGGCCUUGCUGGCACUUUGGCCCCUGCUCAGCCUGAUGGGCGUUCUGGUGCAGUGGCGGGUGACCGCCGAGCGGGACUCCCACACGGAAGUGGUCAUCAGCCGGCAGCGCCGUCGUGUGCAGCUGAUGAGGAUUCGGCAGCAGGAAGAGCGCAAGGAGAAGCGGCGCAAGAAGAGACCCCCAAGGCCUCCCGCUAGAGGCCCGCGGGCUCCUCCAAGGCCUGGGCCCCCUGACCCUGCUUAUCGGCGCAGGCCAGUGCCCAUCAAACGCUUCAACGGAGACAUCCUCUCCCCGAGCUACAUCCAGAGCUUCCGGGACCGGCAGACAGGGAGCUCGCUGAGCUCCUUCAUGGCCUCGCCCACAGACGCGGACUAUGAGUACGGGUCCCGGGGACCGCUGACGGCCUGCUCUGGGCCCCCCAUGCGGGUAUAGCAGUCUCUCUGCUCCUGCCCGCCUACACUCAUCGGUCACCAGCUCUGCCAGCUUGGGGAGGCCCGCUGGGCCAUGACUCAGCCCACCUGGCCCUGUGGCCUUUGGCUGUCUCCUUCCCCCCCCCGGAGAGGGAUGGCCUGGCCGCCAGAAGGGAGGACCUAUCUCAGGCUGCCUGGCCUGAGGGGAGAGCCUCCUCCCAAGCUCCCGAGGGGCUCCUGAGGGACGCGAGUGUGAGCCCCGCUGGGGUGUGCUCAGGGUUGUGAGUGUGUCGCCUGUGUGUGCGUGCGUGAAGGGGUGGGCUUGGAGAGGACACUGGGACCCCUGCCUUAGAUUUCUGACUGGUAGGGCUUCUCCAAGGGUGACCCUGCCUCCUCUCCCACUCCUGGGGUCCCAUGGGCUACUCUCCUGCAUGUCUAAGUGGAGGAGGUCUACCUUCCUCCCCCAUCGCCUCCACCUCUCAGCCAGACUCAUCUAAGACUUCUUGUCUUUGUCCAUGGGGCAAACUGCAGCAGCCCUCACCCUGGUCCCCUGUCCUCUGCAAGCCACCAGCCUGAGGGCAGUGGCAGGGAAUGGGGGUGGGCGGGUGCUGCUC